CGAUACUCUCUCUCUCUUCUCUGUGAAAUUGUUGCCGCCACUCUGCCACAGUACGGCUGCUGCCGCGCCGUCUCCUCGUUGCCGGUAAAAAGGCUGCCGCACCUUGUCGCCGUGCCAGCCCAUGGCAGUGCCCCACCUCCUGCGCUGACUUGCUGUCCGUGUACCCACACGAGUCUUCAAGCUGAUUUCGUAGAGAAUCCAACUGGUUUGGUAGCAGACCAUACAGCUCUUAUAUAUCGGGCCCUUACUUCAGAAACAAAGGGUUUGAAGCAAUCUGUCUAGCUAAUUCCACACCUAGGGUUUUGUAACAUAUUAUAAGCUCCUUGUUCCUCCACAUAUUGACUCAUUACUUGAGGGACGCUAUGGAUAUAUAACUUGAGAGAGAUUUGCAACAAUGGACGCUAUGGCACUACACUACUGCCAAAAGUGGGGAAUCUUCCUGCUACCAAUUAGCUUGAAAACUUAAUAUAGAAAGCAGCUGAAAAAUAGUGAGUUGCCUUUGAAAGUCGAAGCAGAUAGUUAUAAAGGAGAUCUCUACAUAUCAGGUCUAGCUUAAGCUCCAUUGAUUGGUUAUAAUUCACGUACGUACGGACUAAUCAAAGGAAGCCAUACAAUUAAUUAAGAAGACGACACCCAAAUUAGUCAGAAAAAGGCAGUUCCAAUCACAUUAGAUUCGAACUUAUAAGAUGGACAGGAGUUGGAUGCAUAUCACCGAUAGAUUGAAAUCCAGGGAAUAUGCCAAAGGCGUUAAAGAUUUCAUUACUUUCGCUCGAUCUCAUGCUAUCGGCUGUGACAAAAUUCGUUGUCCAUGUAGGCUGUGCUCAAAUAAUUAUUGGCUACCUAUAAGCAUGAUAGAACGUCAUUUGUUCAUUAAAGGGAUUGAUCCAAAUUACACGGCGUGGAUAUUCCAUGGCGACGAGGAAGCUUUGUCUGUUAGUGAUGAUUAUGAUUUGCAAGAAUCUGAACUUGGUGAUGAAUACAUUGAUGACAUUGAUGUCAUGUUGGAAGACAUUCGGGCUGGGAAAUUCGGAAAUGUUGCUUCAACCGAGUCAUUCCAUGCUAGGGUUUCCACGCCGGUCAAAACUCGGAAACGUGGGCGUGGACUAGGUAAGAGCACAUCUUUUGACCAACUGAGAAAGCAUGGAAAGAUAUCUUUGAAGAUCAAGGAUGGGGAGACAGCACCUUGUUGUGAAAAGUGUACAAUGUUUACAACAAGGGUUACAUGGAUAUUGAAGCACCAUGCUGACUUGAGUCACCCCAACUGGCACGACGUUCCAAAUCACGAGAAGGACAAAUUGGUUACUCGUGUUCGGGCUGACUUCAUCCUAGACUGGUCAAAAAAGAAUCAUCGCUCAACGGUGAUGAAGACACUUUGGAAGAGAUUCAAUGCAAUUCGGUAUGAUUUGCAUAAAAUCUACAUGCAGUACAAUACUCAUGAAGAAGCACUCGCGAAUGGGACGGAAAUGGUGAACCCACAACGUGGGAGAAGUUAUGUGCAAGAUGGUCAAGCAAGGGCUUCAAGGCAGAAGCAACAAACUAACCACACUGCUGGAAGAACCUCAUUUGUGCGGUUACUGGAAAUAAGGUAUGAGACUGAGCCUAAUCUGAUUGAUUUCUUUAAAGAUGUUCGGUGGUCAAAGAAAAAAGGGAAAUUUGUGACUCCUAUGACUGAAGAGCAUUAUAACUUGAUGGUUGCAAAGUUAGACCAGCUGGAGCCUGAAAACCGCACUAAAGAGGCGGCAGCAGAAAUUUUUAGGGAGGUCUUGGGCCACAGGCCAGGGUAUGUAAGGGGGUUGGGAGAGAUGGUUAUGCCUAAGUCAUCCAAAGAUAACACUGAAGAAUGGAUUACAAAAUUAGCAGCAGCUGCAGAAAAGCACGAGAAAGAUACUCAGUAUUACAAGAGCCUACUGGAUGAAUUAAGGGGGGAUGUAAGGGUACUCUUGGAGAAGCAAGCAAAGUACGAUAAUUUUUUUAGUACAUACAUGUCAAAAAGGCAGUCCCAUGGAGAGUCUCAUAGAGAGGCUGAUCAGGGAGCUGCAUAGCUGCUGCUUUUGCGAAAGAAACAAUUUUUUGCUAUUUUGGGUUUGGUCCUGACCAAACUUGCAUAUACCAUCAUUCCUCAAAGAUCUAACAUUUUGUUUGUAGUCAGAUUGUUGUGGGGCAGUCAGGAUUUUUUUGGAAUGUUCUUUUGGAGCUGGCUAUACUUAUGUGAUGGGUUGUGCAUGGUGUUACAAUUGGAAGUCAAACCUGAUCAGCUUUGAGUUGGCUCAAUAUAGUAACUGGCAGCAUGCUUACAUGAAGAAGCUGGGUGGGUUGGUCAACACCAUUGAGAAGCACGUACAGAAGAUAUGGACUGAAUCUGGAUGAGCAGCAUGGUUAGAAAGAAUUGGCAUGGUAUAUGUGAUCUACCAUUGUGGCUAUUUGGAAGAUACUUUUGUGUGCUUAGAACAAAUUGGGUUGUAUGGUAUCUUGGUGUCAUUUUUAUGAAUGAAUGUUGUUACAAAUAGUUUCAAGAUCGUUUAGAUUAUUUGUCAGUGUCAUGAAUGAAUGUUGGUACAGGGAGCGGCUAAUUAUUUAUUGUUUUGGCCAA